UAUCUACAACUGCCCGAUAUAUUCUCACCCAUUAGAGAGACUCCGCCACAAAUUGAGUCACAAGUGGCCGAAGUCGCUAUCAUUACUCCCUUUGACAACGAAGAACCGCCCGAAACACAGGGAACGACUCCGGUUGAGGCCACAAGCGAUGAGUUUCGCGAAGAUUUGUUUUCCGGCGAUAAUAUAUCGGUUCUCUCCAAUACCCGAAGAGGUCAUAAUAGAGUAACCAAUUGUGCCAUUUGUUCAAUACUAUGAUGUGAUCACUCUCUCC